AUGAAAGGGGGUACGUUUCGAAGUACUCAGUGGGAUCCUUUCCUGCUUACUGCACAAAUAAUUGCGAUGCAGUCAUUGCUGUACGUGAGUCUCGGCAUUGUUAUGUGUUUUAUGGAAAUGAUUGUUGGAGACGGAACGAAUCACACUUUAAAUCAUCUAUUUCAAUAUCAUGAGAUCCAUGUAUCGGAUAUUGAAGGAAGGCUUGUGAUAUGUGCAUUCAUAGUCAACUCAUUAAUAGGAUCAUUUGCUCUUUGGUUUAUUGUAAAACGAACAAAAAUGUGCUUAGAUUUUAGUUGUACAUUCCACUUUCUGCACUUAGUGGUAUGUUGGUGGUAUAAUGCGUCAUUUCCUUCGAACUUUUCCUGGUGGUUUCUAAAUGCAAUAUGCGUUGCCCUAAUGUGUGUUGGUGGAGAGUUUCUAUGCUUAAAAACCGAAUUGAAGGAAAUACCUGUGGGAUAUGCAGCAUUAAAUCAAAAAGCAGAUGUCUGAUUUUAUAUUUUGUGCAACUUUAUUGCUUUAUUUAUAUUAAUGUCGAAUAAUAAUGUCUUUUUCGCAA